AUUUUGGAGGGGUAAAGCUUAUCUUAUCGUUACCCCUGCCCCCCUGCCGGCCGUAGGUAUGCUUGUCAAAACAUGGGGAGUUUGGCACAAUCCCCCCAAACCUAUGGCCGCCACUCCCAGCCAGGCUGCCUCUUUCUUGGGCGCCCCAUAUUCUUGGUGUCUUGGUGGUGCCGGCAUCUUGGGAAGCCUCAACCUCCCACCCGUUUCCAACCCUCCUCCUAACCCUGCCGGCCCAACCGCACUACACCACAACGUCUGAGGCCCUCACCUUUCACCCACGCCGCCCACGAUGCCUCCCACUAUUCCCCAGCGUGGUGGCCCGUCUGGCUUGAAAAAUCGUCCUGGCACGGUCUCUGGGAAGGCUAUUUGGGGCGCCAAGGGUGGCAAGCGUCACAGAAAAAUCACAAAGGACAGCAUCAAAGGAAUUACCCGUCCUGAUAUUCGUCGGUUGGCUCGUCGUGGUGGCGUCAAGCGAAUCUCAGCACAAAUUUACGACGACGUUCGCGAGGCCCUGAAGGCCCGCCUCGAGAUAAUUCUGCGUGACUGCGUCACAUACGUUGAGUACAGGAAAGCCAAGACCGUGACUGUAUAUGAUGUCAUCCACUCCCUGAAGCGCAUCGGUCGACCGAUUUAUGGAUUUGAUCCCGAGACCGACAAAUCAACCAAGCACAAGGUCUCGCGACGAGGCCCUGCUCCCCGCCAUGGCUGAAACCAGCGCAAGGCUUUCCUACUGAUCAGCACUCCGUGUCGAUGGUUCCCUGAGGUGACCGUCGGGCUGGGCUCAUGCUACAAAGCCCCGAGCUUCUGAUCUGUCUCGUCUGUUCUGCUGUGAUACCAAUACCAAAAGAAGCUGUCUGGGUAUGCUGCAUUUGACCAAAGGGGUUCGGCGUUUAAAGGGAUAUUUGUUUCCAGGCUAGGCAUGUCAGCUUUACCAGGUCUGCGGCGAUGGUUGUUCAUGUUGUCGCUUUGGAGGGUCUCGAUACGGAAGCGAGCUUGGUGUUAUCGUGACUUUCUGCAUUUCGCGUACUUCUUUAGCCACACUAUUUCUGUACGACCAUUCCCCGCGUCUAGGUACAUACUCAAAACCAAUCUAUACUGUUCGACAUAA